AUGUUUAGUACACCGAAAUCUUUACAACGUCGAACCGGUCGUUUUGGUGUUGGACGCUCAGAAUAUUUAAAACAAUUAUUAAAUGAAUAUGAAAAUCAGUUAACCAAUAGUGAAUGUAAACUUCAAUUACUUGCGAAUUUAGCUAAUUUUUCCUAUGAUCCAAUUAAUUAUGAUUAUUUACGAGAAUUAAAUAUAAUCGAUUUAUUUCUUGAUUGCUUAAAAAUGCAUACAGAUGAUGAUUACGUUCAUUAUGCAUUAGCUGGUUUAUGUAACAUGAGUGCAGAUAAAAUUAAUUGUAAAUUAAUUAUUGAGAAAAAUCCAACAAUAUUAAUUUGUUUGGUAAAAUGUUUCUUUUCAACUCGACUUGAUAUUGUACUUAAUUCGAUGGUAACGUUAAUGUUUUUAUGUAAUCAUGAUGAACAAGAAAAAAAUGAAUUAAUACAACGAAAUGAAAUUCGCGAAUGUUUAGAGAAAUAUUCACAAUCAAAAGAUGUUAGAUUAUCGAAUAUGGCGAAAUUGUUUUUACAAGAUUGUUUUCCGUGA